ACAAUCAUCAUGGUUGUGUGGAAGCUACACAUUUUAUUUUUCCUUCCUUUCUGUUUUUGCUCUUUAUCAGACAUAACCAAUUUUAGAAGACGCCCCUCACGUCAAAGAUUUGUGCCAAUUGGAAGAUAUUGGGACCUCAAUGAGGAAUUUGACACAAAGAGACCUGUCAGUUCUUCACAGAGGUUCACUUUGGUGGCUCCAGACAUCCUGAGGACCGACACAGAAGAAAACAUCUACUUACAGGCAGAAGAUGCAUCCAGCCCCGUCACCGUCAGAAUUACAAUCCAGGACUUCAACAAAGACAUUCUUCUUCUCCAGGAGUCUGUAACACUUAAUCAGGAAAAUGGUUACCACCUUCUUAAGAGCAUACAGCUUUCAUCUGCUCUUUUGAAUCGUGAUGAAAAAAAGAACAAGUAUGUUCAACUGCAAGUAAACUUUGGAGACUUUUACUCAGAGGAGCGUCUUCUGAUGGUGUCCUUUCAUUCUGGGUAUAUCUUUAUUCAAACAGACAAACCUAUCUACAAUCCUGGAGACACUGUCCGUUUUCGAACCUUUGUGUCCUCUCCGUUCUUCAAGGCCUUUGACACCUCCAUCACUAUAGAUAUUCAGAAUCCAGAUGGUGUGGUGGUUAAUCAGAUCUCAAGGACCAGAGCUACACACGGUGUCUUUGCAGAUACUUUCCCUCUAUCUGAAAUCGUCAAUGAAGGAACUUGGAAAGUGACGGCAAAGUUUGACCACUGGGAACAAAACACAUUCACGUCCCACUUUGAAGUUAAGAAAUACGUGCUUCCAGCCUUCAACGUUACAUUGACUCCUAAAAAACCCUUCCUCAGUUUGGAUGACAACGAACUGGUUGUAGAAAUUUCGGCAAGAUACCUGUACGGGGAACCUGUGGAGGGGACAGCUUACGUCGUGUUUGGAGUGAAACUCAAUCAAGAGAUGAAAAGGUUGCCUUCUGUAAAGCAGGUGUCAGAUCUGAAUGGAGGAACUGUCAGACUGACUAUGGUGGAGCUCAGGAGGGCUUACCCCAAUAUUAAAGCAUUAGUGGGAAACUCUGUUUAUGUGAAGGCAUCCGUGCUCACCAAGACAGGAAGCGAUCUAGUUGAGGCUGAAAAGACUGGGAUUAAAAUUGUUGAAUCCCCUUAUGUCAUAGCCUUCAAAGAUGCACCAAAGUAUUUUAAGCCAGGAAUGCCAUUGGAUCUUACAAUUCAAGUAAGCCAGCAUGAUGGGUCCCCUGCUCAUAAUGUUUUGGUCAAGCUGACAUAUUUGGACUCACCAAUAAUCAUCUCCUCAGGCAUUAGUAGAGCCAGCAUUAACAUGCCCGCAAGACAAAUCUCUCAAACUAUCAUUGCUGAAACAGCACAGCCCGACCUGGGUAUAGAUCAGCAAGCCAAGCAGCAGAUCACUGUCCAUCCAUACAUGAACGUCCAUCAACGUCAGCAAAACUACCUGCACAUCUCCACUGGAACCAACAAAGUUUCUGUUGGAGAGACACUCUCCCUGCGGUUUUUCAUUUCUUUAUCUGAUCAGUCGCACAGAGAAUUUGUCAAACACGUCACUUACCUGGUGCUGAAUAAAGGUAAAAUCAUAACAGCUGAGCGUCAAGUUGUGAUGGGCCAGCUGAUGACUAGUGUUUUCUUGGUGGUAACAUCGGAGAUGAUGCCGUCGUUUCGAGUUGUAGCGUUCUACAGCAUUCCCUGGGCAGGACGAGAGGAGCUGGUUUCUGAUUCAGUCUGGAUAGAUGUGGUGGACCGCUGUGUUGGAGGGCUGAAAGUUACGACAGACAGUAAACAGCAGCACUAUGCACCUGGGAAAAACUUUCGCUUCCAGAUCCGGGGUGACCCAGGUGCAAAAGUUAGCCUGGUGGCAGUGGACAAUGCAGUGUACCUUCUCAAUGGGGAGAGACUGACACAGAGAAAGAUUUGGGACCUGGUUGAGCAUGGAGACAUCGGCUGCACCAGAGGGGGGGGUCAAGAUGCAACAGGAGUGUUUACAGAUGCCGGACUUCUUUAUUCCUCCAGUGGUGGGGUCAAAACAAGAAUCCGAAAAGAAAUGCGAUGUCCGGCCACUACCAGAAGAAGGCGCUCUGCUGAACUUAUCCAGCGUAAAGCACGGCUUGAGGCACACUAUAAGGAGAAGCUGCAGGGACGCUGCUGUAAAGACGGCCUUAGGGACAUUCCAAUGCCAUACUCCUGCACCCGGCGCUCCCUCUACAUCACCGAGGGCCCAGAGUGCAUCCUGGCUUUCCGCUACUGCUGCGCUACUUACAGGGACCAGGUUUUCAACACAGAGAUUCCUACUACACCUCCACCCAUGACCACUCCUCCCCCAACAACCACCUCUUCACCAAGUUACCGUUUACAUCAUUUCCAUAAGUUGCCAAGGAUACCUCUUGGAGGUAGAGGAUGGAAUCUUCGACCGGCAACACAUAGAGAAAUUGGUUUUGAAUACAGUGUAGCAGCAAAGGCGCUGGAAAGAUCACGUAUGGAGGGUUCCCCUCCUAUCGCAAGGUUUAAUAAAGCUGAGGAGUAUGUGGAGGAAGAAGAGUUUGAAUAUUUGGAUGAAACACAGGUCUAUCUUCGAUCCAAGUUCUAUGAGUCCUGGUUGUGGAUGGAUGUGAACUUACCAAGCGAGACAGACAAAGAUGGGUUGGCACUGAAAAAUAUGAUAAAUCCUUUACCGGACAGCAUCACAGAGUGGGGAGUUUUGGCCAUUAGUGCAUCACCUGAAACAGGUUUCUGUGUUGCGGAGCCGUACAAUUUCAAAACUUGGAAGCAUUUCUUUGUCGACCUUAAGCUCCCAUACUCUGUGGCAAGGAACGAACAAGUGGAGAUUAAAGCUGUUGUCCACAACUAUGGCAACGAUGAGAUGCAUGUGAGGGUGGUGCUGAUGAAGACAGAGGGCAUGUGCAGCGUUGCUUUCAAGGAAAGACACACGCAGGAAGUGACUCUGCCAGCGGGCUCUUCUGUGGUGGUGCCUUACACCAUUGUACCACUGGUGGUGGGCAAACUUCCAUUGGAGGUAAUGGUGGUUGGCAGAGACUUGACAGGCGGCGACCGCAUACAGAAGUUUCUGCGAGUUGUGCUGGAUGGAGUACAGAAGACUGAAGUUUGGAGUACAGUGUUGAAUCCAUCUGCUCAAGGAGGAACUCAGACGGUUCGUAUCGGUAAAGUGGAACUGGAGUCAGUGGUGCCAAACUCUGUGCCUGAGACCUUCAUUAAUGUCAGAGGUAAUGUUUUGGCAGACAGCAUUGAAAACUCCAUCAGCGAGGAUUCCCUGGCAUCUCUCAUCCAGAUGCCCGGUGGAUGUGUGGAGCAGAACUUGGCUUCAAUCACUCUACCACUUAUUGCCACUCUCUAUCUGGAUCGAACCGAAAACUGGGACAGUGUAGGAGUGGAUCGCAAGGCGGAGGCUCUCCGAUACAUCAGGAGAGGAUAUGAGAACCAGUUAGCCUACAGAAGGAGUGAUGGGUCAUACCCCCCCUACAGGCGUGAAGGAGCAAGUACUUGGAUUACAGCGUAUGUUGUCAAGGUUUUCUCGAUGGCUCACUCGAUCAUCAGUAUCUCAGAGCAGCAAGUGUGUGACCCUUUGCUCUACCUGGUGAAAAACAAAAUCAGACGUUCGAAAGGAGUGUACAGGGAGGACAACCCAGUUUAUUCAACCACCAUGACUGGUGGUCUGCGAGGCGAUGACCCAGAAAUAACAUUGACAGCCUUUGUCCAUAUUGCGGUUUCUGAAUCCAUGAAGGCAGGGGUCCGUUGUGGCAGUCCAGAUGUGGAGGAAGCUAUUACAUGGACUAAUCAGUUCCUGAGCAAAGCCCUACUGACCAGUGGAAGGAGACCCUACACAGUGGCCAUCACCUCCUACGCUCUGGCUCUACAAGGAACAUAUGACGUUCAUGUCGCUUUACUUGAAGCAGCAUCUCGAGAUAGAAGCCACUGGCCUGACAAGGAAAACCACUUGUUCACACUGGAAGCCACUGGCUAUGCUUUGCUCGCACUGGUAAAGAUGGGACGCAUAGAGGAAGCUGCACUGCCCUUCAAAUGGCUCAACAGUCAAAGGAGAAGAGCAGGAGGCUUCGGUUCAACUCAGUCCACCAUGGUGGUGCUCCAGGCUCUGUCAGAAUACAUGAUCAAUCAGCCUCCUCCUGCUGACCUCAGUCUGAAUGUGGACAUCAGGUUGACGGGACGCAAGGAGAUCCGUUACCACUUUAACCCUAAUACGGCCUAUGCUGCUCGCUCCUCUAAAUUGCCUGCUGGUAUGGACUUGGAAGUGGUGGCUCAAGGGAAUGGGCAAGGAAUACUGGAGCAGAAGAACACGUUCAAAUUCAGGGGAAAUUCUCGUAAAUCGGGAGAUUUGGCAAAAAAGCCACCAGCUGAUGUAGAAAAAUCCUACCAGAUCAGCAUCAAAGUGAGGGCUUUGGGACCUAGAGAUGUCAGAAUGGUGGUUCUUGACAUCAGUCUGCCCACUGGCUUCACCCCAGAAAACUCAGACCUGGAAAUGCUCUCUAGCUCGGUGGAUCAUUACAUCAAUAACUUCCAGAUCGUAGAUAACCUGAGUGACAGAGGAUCCCUGAUCAUUCACUUGUUCAAGGUUUCUCACAAAGAGCCUGAAAUUGUUAUCUUCAGGCUUCAGCAGACCUUUAAAGUUGGUCUCCUGCAGCCAUCUUCUGUAACUGUUUAUGAAUAUUACAACCCAGAUCACAGAUGUAGCCGCACCUACUCUCCCAAGGAAGACACGGAGGAACUCUCUCGGAUCUGCAGCAACGACGUCUGCCGCUGCACGCAGGGCGACUGCUGUGUCUCAAAAUCUGAAGGUGAACAUUUCCUGAACCACGAAAGAGAGAUUUUCGCCUGUGCAAGCUUACACCAUGUUUGGCAGGUGCUGGUCCUCAGUUUGAAUCAGAGCUACUAUGAUAAAUAUGAGAUGGAGAUUACACAGGUUAUUAAACUUGGUGUAGAAUCUGGGGUUGAAGUUGGUCAGAAGAGGAUAUUUAUGUCUCAUGGUGGCUGCAGAGAAAGACUCAACCUGAAACAAGGCUCCCAGUAUCUCAUUAUGGGUCCUAAAGAGGACCAGUGGACCACUGACCCUGAUAACAACAGGUGA